AUGGAAAAUAACCCUUUUAAAUCGCGCGUUCGCAUUACCUGUGGACUUGUCCUGCCAGCUGCGCGUGCGCGGGUCCUAGAGCGCGGCGCGCCCCUCCACUCCCGCCCCCCUCGCUAUGUACAGAGCACGUACCUGUCGAGUUGUCCUGCCAGCUGCGCGUGCGCGGGUCCCAGAGCGCGGCGCGCCCCUCCAUUCCCCCCCCUCGCUAUGUACAGAGCACGUACCUGUCGAGUUGUCCUGCCAGCUGCGCGUGCGCGGGUCCCAGAGCGCGGCGCGCCCCUCCACUCCCAUCCAACGGUAUGUACAGAGCACGUACCUGUCGAGUUGUCCUGCCAGCUGCGCGUGCGCGGGUCCCAGAGCGCGGCGCGCCCCUCCACUCCCCCCCAUCGCUAUGUACAGAGCACGUACCUGUCGAGUUGUCCUGCCAGCUGCGCGUGCGCGGGUCCCAGAGCGCGGCGCGCCCCUCCACUCCCCCCCCUCGCUAUGUACAGAGCACGUACCUGUCGAGUUGUCCUGCCAGCUGCGCGUGCGCGGGUCCCAGAGCGCGGCGCGCCCCUCCACUCCCCCCCCUCGCUAUGUACAGAGCACGUACCUGUCGAGUUGUCCUGCCAGCUGCGCGUGCGCGGGUCCCAGAGCGCGGCGCGCCCCUCCACUCCCCCCCCUCGAUAUGUACAGAGCACGUACCUGUCGAGUUGUCCUGCCAGCUGCGCGUGCGCGGGUCCCAGAGCGCGGCGCGCCCCUCCACUCCCCCCCCUCGCUAUGUACAGAGCACGUACCUGUCGAGUUGUCCUGCCAGCUGCGCGUGCGCGGGUCCCAGAGCGCGGCGCGCCCCUCCACUCCCCCCCCCUCGCUAUGUACAGAGCACGUACCUGUCGAGUUGUCCUGCCAGCUGCGCGUGCGCGGGUCCCAGAGCGCGGCGCGCCCCUCCACUCCCCCCCCUCGCUAUGUACAGAGCACGUACCUGUCGAGUUGUCCUGCCAGCUGCGCGUGCGCGGGUCCCAGAGCGCGGCGCGCCCCUCCACUCCCCCCACAGAUCGCGCGCGCACCGUCGCUAUGAUGGGCUCCAACAGGGCGCCUCGCAAAGACACGUUCUCUGCAACACACGAUUUUAUCGGUGAAACAAGGUUAUCUACACCCGAUCCGAGAUUUUUAAUAAAAAUUAACAUCUUCAAUAAAAAAAAAAUUGAAGAUGUUAAUUUAUUAAUAUUAUUUAUAAUUUGGGACACAUCCGAUCCUAUAUAUGGUCAGAAUCUCCGACCACACUAG